CCCUCUUCCUGGUGGAUGCUGAUAUCUUGGCUCAGUUGUUUGUAUUUCUGGGUGGAGCUGUGUACCAUCUCAUUCUCUCCUUAUUUUCUUCUAGUAAAAUCUCUUUGUGGCUUGGAAGCUUCCCAGGUUCCUACAGAGGAAGCUCUUUCUGGGGCUGGUGAGCCCUGUGACAUCAUUGACAGCAGUGAUGAGAUUGAUGCUCAGGAGGAAAGCAUCCAUGAGAGAACCGUCUCCAGAAAAAAGAAGAGUAAAAGGCAUAAAGAAGACCUGGAUGGGGCUGGAGGAGAAGAGUAUCCCAUGGAUAUUUGGCUGUUGCUGGCCUCCUAUAUCCGUCCUGAGGACAUUGUGAAUUUUUCCCUGAUUUGUAAGAAUGCCUGGACUGUCACUUGCACUGCUGCCUUUUGGACCAGGUUGUACCGAAGGCACUACACGCUGGAUGCUUCUCUGCCUUUGCGCCUGCGACCAGAGUCAAUGGAGAAGCUGCGCUGUCUCCGGGCAUGUGUGAUCCGAUCUUUGUACCAUAUGUAUGAGCCAUUUGCUGCUCGAAUCUCCAAGAAUCCAGCCAUUCCAGAAAGCACUCCCAGCACAUUAAAGAAUUCCAAAUGCUUACUUUUCUGGUGCAGAAAGAUUGUUGGGAACAGACAGGAACCAAUGUGGGAAUUCAACUUCAAGUUCAAAAAACAGUCCCCUAGGUUAAAGAGCAAGUGUAUGGGAGGAUUGCAGCCUCCCAUUCAGUAUGAAGAUGUUCAUACCAACCCAGAUCAGGACUGCUGCCUAUUGCAGGUCACCACCCUCAACUUCAUCUUUAUUCCAAUUGUCAUGGGAAUGAUAUUUACUCUGUUUACUAUCAAUGUGAGCACGGACAUGAGGCAUCAUCGAGUGAGACUAGUAUUCCAAGAUUCUCCUGUCCAUGGUGGUCAGAAACUGCGUAGUGAACAGGGUGUACAAGUCAUCUUGGACCCAGUGCACAGUGUUCGACUCUUUGACUGGUGGCAUCCUCAGUAUCCAUUCUCCCUGAGAGCAUAGUUACUGCUUCCCAUCGCUUGGGUGCAUCCCUGAGUCUAGUCCAUUAGUAAUCAGAUACCAGUUUGAAAGGGGCAGCUGGAUUAUAUAUCUGAUUAGUAAUGCACAUGCUCUUCAGGCUCCUGGGGCUCUUGUUAGGGGAGGGAGAAAUGUUGAAUCAAGAGGAAAAACAACUAUGAUUUGUAAACAUAUUUUAAUGUAAAAAUUUGCAUUUGAAAGAAGUGGCUCUGGUUUCUGUGUUAAAACCCCAUUUGGUGCUAUUGAGUUUGUUUUUCUUUAUUCUUUUAUCCCAGAGAAAAUGGUUGAUCUUGCUCUAGGGAAAAAUUAAACUUUAAAAUCUCCAAACAAGGAUGUUUCAGCAUUCCCUUAUGGAUCAGAGGAACUUUAGAAGCCUGAAAUUGUUGCUACUAUUGCUUCCGAUUUAGCUGCCCCUCAAAUUCAAGUAUCUUCUUUCCACUCUACUCCAGAAAUAAAGCAGGUGACAGGGUUUUCAGAGUCUUA